CUCAUGCUCAUGUCGUGUAAGAAAGCACUUCCUUGUCUUGAGAGCUGUCGCCAAUAAGAUGGAGAUUCUAUUGAGCGUAAUCUGGAAUCCCACACUCCCUCGGCCAAUCAGUGGCUCAGACUUUCGCACUUCUUCAUGCUGUUGACGGGCAGUUUCGUUGACUCGUGUCGAGUCGUGGACGACUUCAGUGAUUACCAGGAGGAAAUGGAUGAAGACAAGUCAAGAAACAGAGCGACAGCAUUAAUGGUGCCAGCCAUCAACAGUCGGUGAAGCUUAAAGCUCAACUCUGAAAAUAACGGGGUCUCUGAACUACUUGCCGGUGGUCUAAUCUGAUUCUCGGGCUCACUCGAAUUGCUAUGAAGGUGAGGUCUGCGACUGACAGACGCGGCCCACCGAUCACUGUGACGAUUCUAGGAAAAUUGUCUCCUCUCUAUUGUAAGUCUUUCUCCUGAUCCGCCCAGUUUGCAAGGACGAAAUUGGGGCUAUGCUGAAGUCUCAACGCUUCAACUACAACGCUACCUACACGCUGAUUGCUAAUUGAACAUUGGCAUUUGGAAAUCGGAUCUUUACGCUUCUUACUUUAGAUCCGAGCAUCGUAGAAGUACACAUGUUAAACUGGAUUUUAAAGCUCUAGGCUAAGCCUAGAGCUUUAAGAUCUAGAAAUGAAAUCGACAGUCGUCGUCUCUUGAGCAUGUGUACACAAGACUCUUCGUUUCUCCAGAGGGUCAGAACUGCCAUCAUCGACCUUACCACAGGCUUCUUCUUGCAAAGAAUCAUUUCCCACGGAGAACAACCGGCCUCUACUCACGACCCCGUCCACAACCGAAAUCUACGCAGCACCAAAUCCUACACAUGCUGAAGACUCUGAAUUUCAGUGUCGGCUGGCCAAUUGGUGUCAGAGCAGGCGCAUCUCUUGUCCCCUGUUGCGAGAAGAAAAUUAGUAGUCGAUCGCUUGCGGAGUCGACAAAUUCUGGACCUUUGUCGGAAAUGGCUGUAGCUCGCACAUUGCGCUGUGAAAAGUCGAUCCAGGUCUCGAUUGAGAAGGUCCACGUGGCCGUAGAAGAACCUUCUGUCCAUGUCCGCUUCUCUGAAAAGGAAAAAUCUAAACUUGCCAGUGACAUUGGCGCUGAAGGGGCAGUGUUGCGGCAGAAAGAUUGAGACAGGAGGAAUGGUAAAUGGGUGCCUCCAAAAGUCAGCAGAACGGAAAUGGUGCAUGUGAGUCGAGAGGGAGCAAUUCUUGGAAGUGUUGACGAUCACUGGUACUUUCGAACCUCCGCCGAAACUUCGUCUCCCUGCGAUGAAACUUCGUCCGAAUUCCGUUGGUGUAGCGGGGGUUUUGCAGAGAUAUCAACAGAUUUUGAGAGGGUAUUCGACGACGAGAGCGGAGGAAAAAUUUAAGAGCCCCGAUGGACAUAACAGUGCAUCAGCCAGCGCCUACGAAGUGCUGGGUCUGCCGGAGACAUGCAACGCGACGAGCAUCCGGAUGGCUUUCAGAAAGUUGGCUAAAGCCACACACCCUGACCUUCAGUCACAAGCUUCUACCGUCGAAUUCAUUCGAGUUCUGGCUGCGUAUGAGAUUUUAUCAGACCCACAAAAGCGGGCACAAUAUGACGAGAACCUUCGUUUCAAGCGAGCUCAACAAAGCAGGAGCGACACAUCAGAGUUCAGAGAGGCAUCUUAUGAAAGUGGCUUCGGAAACGGGAGGUCUUAUGAGUAUGGACUUGAGGACAGGAGUACCGAGGUAGUGAGCUGGUUGAAGAGCUAUAGGAGUAUGGUGAAGGAUAUUAUCAGAAGGCAGGAGAUAGGAGUAGGAAGCGGAUGGGAAGAGGACCUGAGGGCCGAAACUAAGUCAGCUCUGAAGAAGGCCUAUUUUGGUCCUCCUGUUAGUGACCGAGAAGGCUUACCAGAAUGUUUCGAAGCAGAAGAAAGGGCUCAACCAGACCUUCAAGAAGUGUUGCAUCUGGUAUCUGGUCGUCAACUCUUCGGCCUCGUUCGUCUCGUGCAGGUUUCUCUUCUUGACAGAGGAACCUAUGCAGCACCUUCUCUGCCCCAAACGCGUAACGACGAGGUAGAUAGCAGUUCACAGACGAAUGAUCAAACCCAAGUGUUUACCGAGAUGAAGUUUCAUACAGACGCUGCCCAAGCUCCUGAGUAUACCAGAGAGGAUAUCGAGUCUACCUUUGUGGACCUGGAAUUGCAAAUGUUCGGAAAUGUUGUCGCCAGGUCAAUACGAGUACCAGCUACAGAAAGUUGUCCUGAUCCUUCAGUUUCUGGGGGUUAUGAGGGGAAAGACUGUAUAUACGUGUAUUUGAGCUCAGAGCAAGUUGAAGAAGAUGGAACUUUGGCAGAUGGCACUAACCUCAGUGUGAAGAGAAUUUUUCUUGGCUCCAUACGAGGUCUUGGAUCCUCUGAGGUUGGAAGCGUCUGUAAUGUCUACGGUCCAGAUGGCAAGAACACUCAUCUGAUUUUGCAACAUAGGACGCCUAUGGUGAAGCACAUGCAGUGGUUUAGGAUUGGCGAAGAUGGUUCGCCUUGUGAGUGCCGAUGUCGUCGCGCCAGUGUUCUUCCAAGCAGAUACUGGAUCUUUGAGCCAAGAACGGACACGCACAACGUUGGCGGUUGGUACAUUGAAACAUUCGGUCAAAAUAAACGAAGCGUUAGGCGAAGAUCCAAGAACCGAGGGCCAUACCAACAGGACUAUCAUCACCAUGGGAGGUCAAACUUUGCUUCUGACAUUGAAGGUGGCAAGAUGUUACAUCCUGCAAUGUAUAUUUUGGCAGCUGCGUACAAGACCUUAGAUGAAGAAGCGGCUCAACGAAGAAAAGUAUCAAUAUCAACCCAGCUCAAGACGUGGUUCGGUCUUGAGAAGUUUAGCUCAAGUAUCUCGGUAUGGUGGCGGAGGAGAUGGAGUUCGUCGAUGAAGCCUUAAAUCGAGAAAAUUGAGAAAUAUUCUCAUGACUCUAUCUCCAGUAUAUAUUUGGAUCUGAAAUAGAUCUAAGCAGGCUAAGUUUGAUUCAUCCAUUACAUCCUGAUGUGUUGAGUAGAGCAUUCAAUCUUUCAAUUGCAACGAGCAUUGGAAUGAUCUUCUUGCACUCAAUUUGAUCAACUUUGUUUUUCCAUAAGGAUGAUGGGUAGUGAAAUCUGGAUCUUAGAGAGAAGAGCUUAAGGCCUCAAAUGAGGGAGCUUUUUGAUUGAUUUCAUGGUGAGAAUCUGUCAGCGAGGGAGUAGGAGUUAGAUUGUCAUCCUCUCAUUAGCCGCCCGUUCUUUCUUCAUUUAAAGUUCUCUUGCAUGUUUGGACAUUCUGUCUAACCUUAAGAACACCUUCUGUAUCCAUUGCAACUUUUUUUGAGGCAGGCUCGAGAUUCUCUGGUUUUUAUUUGAAAAGGAUCGUCUUUAUUUUCACCAUAUGAUUUGUCAAAGCUUAUGGUAGUUCCUUCCUUGACUUAUUGGCAAUGUCUGGCAAAGUUUAUAGUGCGUCGUUAAUACCCUCGGCAGAAUUUCCUGUUCGUGGAGCGCUUGUGCUUGUGGCCGUUGUCGAAGGAGAGGCGUGACCACAUGUAGUGCUACCUCUUUUCAUUCAGUAUUAUAGACAGCGGAUUACAUUCUGUUAGCGUAGUAUUACAGCGUGCAUGAACUCGGUAAUAGAUGAAAAUAGCCAUGAUACGUGAUAAAGUGCUCGGCAUGUCCAAUUACCACGAGAUCUUCCUGAGUGUAGGCAAUGGAGAUAACAGAAGCUGCUGGAGAGAUGUAGCCACUUCUUUUCCUUAGCCCUGGGGCCGGAUCAACAUUUAGCUCGCUUAGUUCGGACGUUCAGACUGAUGUUUAUGCAUCGUACAUACAGUGAAAUCUACAAUGAAUCAUACAUCGCUGUUUAUCACAGCUUGCUGUUUAAAUUCAAGAUCCUGAUUCGAGGUGUAAGCAGAACAAAGACCUGAGUUUUUCUUCACGAGG